GUUGCAAAUUUGGUCAAAGGGUUAAGUUUUUUACCUACAUUUAUGUUCAAAAGAGAUGCAUCAUACGAGGAGUUUCUGGAUAGACUUCAUGCUUUGGAGCUAUUGCUUACGCCGCAAGGACUUUGGGAUGUUCCUCAUCCUUGGCUGAACAUGUUUGUUCCAAGUUCUCGAAUCUCAGAUUUUAAUGAAGGUGUAUUCAAGGACAUUAUUCUUAAGCAAAAUAUACCUCCCGGUGCAUGUUUAGUCUACCCCAUGAACCGAAACAAGUGGGAUGAUAGGAUGUCAGCAGUUAUACCAGAGGAAGAUGUUUUCUAUUCUGUAAAUAUUUUUCAAUCUGCAUCUGGGUUAGAUGAGGUGGAGAAAUAUCAAGUUCAAAACCAAAAAAUAUUACAGUUUUGUAAAGAUACAAAUAUUAAGAUCAAGGAAUAUCUUACCGGUAACAAAACACAUCAAGAAUGGGUGGAACACUUCGGCCUCAAAUGGAAACUUUUUGAAGAUAGAAAAGCUAAAUUUGAUCCCAACAAAUUAUUAUCACCUGGGCAAGGAAUUUUCCAAUAGACAAUGUGUCGUGUUUUAUUCACAAUGUCUAAAUGUUAAUGGGUGUUUUAUUUUUAUUUUUAAUUGAUGAGCGUGUUUAGAAGCAUUCAGAGCUUUGGAAAUAAUUUGAUGUAUGAGUGAAAUAUCUUAUUUCAAAAUUUGUGGAAU